GUGGCAGUGGUGGUGGAACUGAAGUAGUCCUAAAGCUACUUGACACACAACGCCGCGCGCACGUAUCCUGCCUGUCUCUCUACUGCAGGAGAUGUAACUUUUUGCUAACAGCACCAGUCGAAUGAGUACAGACGAUGGACUACCGUGUAUGAAAAACGUAAACAGACGGAGAUACUGUGUUAAAUAAUACUGACCACCAACGUAUUUGAUGUGCGAGGAACCAUCGAGGGGGAAGAGUCUUCCUCGAACCGUUGCAUUCGACUGAGUGGGUGUCCGAGAAGCCUGUCGACCCACCCAACCUUCCUACAUGUUUUGAAUGAAGCAUCUUUAUUUUGUCAAGCGGGUUCAUACUCAAGGAAUUUAUUUUGUGCCAUACAUUGGUGAGAAAAUGUUCCGGUCGGUUUUAACAGUUGCUCGAAAUAAACCUGGAUAACACGAGGGACACAGAAACAGAGCUGCUUGCCUCACCUUUGGAUCUCCCUGGGGCCUGAACGUUUGGGGGUGUGUGGAAGUACAGUAACGUACUCGUUCAUGCAUCUCGGAGUCGCCGAGUCCAUGCGAGAGUGCGAGUACAGCCAGAUAAGCACUCGCAGCUCCACUCCGAUGGAGUCCCCGCACAAGAAGAGGACCCUGAGGAAGAAAUGGCAGACCUUCCCGGGGCGGAAUAAGUUUUACUGUGACGGGCGGAUUAUGAUGGCCAGACAGACGGGUGUCUUCUACCUGACCCUGGCCCUCAUCCUGCUCACGAGCGGGCUCUUCUUUGCCUUUGACUGCCCGUACCUGUCAGAUCGUCUUACGCCGGCCAUCCCAGUGAUUGGCGGAGUGCUCUUCUGCUUCGUGAUUGGCACGUUGCUGCGGACGAGCUUCAGCGAUCCGGGAGUGCUGCCCAGAGCCACGCCAGAGGAGGCCGCAGACCUGGAGCGUCAGAUAGAUGUGGCCAAUGGCUCCAGCUCCACGGGCUACCGGCCGCCCCCCAGGACCCGAGAGGUGGUCAUCAACGGCCAGACGGUCAAGCUGAAGUACUGCUUCACCUGCAAGAUCUUCAGGCCUCCGCGAGCCUCACACUGCAGCCUUUGUGACAACUGCGUGGAGCGUUUUGACCACCACUGUCCGUGGGUGGGGAACUGUGUGGGCCGGAGGAACUACCGCUUCUUCUACAUGUUCAUCCUCUCGCUCUCCUUCCUCACCAUCUUCAUCUUCAGCUUUGUCAUCACCCACGUCAUCCUCCAGUCUGAACACAAGGGAUUUCUCGGGGCACUCAAGGACAGUCCAGCAAGUGUGCUGGAGGUGGUGGUGUGCUUCUUCUCCGUCUGGUCCAUCGUCGGACUCUCCGGCUUCCACACCUACUUGAUCGGCUCCAACCAGACCACCAACGAAGAUAUUAAAGGGUCGUGGUCGUCCAAACGAGGAAAGGACAACUACAACCCCUAUAGCCAUGGCAACAUCUUCAGCAACUGCUGUGCAGCACUCUGUGGGCCCCUGCCCCCCAGUCUUAUUGACAGAAGAGGCUACAUGCUGCCAGACACGCCCAUCCCUGCACCACCCACCAAUGGCAUCACCAUGUACGGUGCCACUCAGUCUCAGAGUCACAUGUGUGACCAAGACCAGUGCAUUCAGAGCACCAAAUUCGUUUUGCAGGCCGCCACCACCGUGCCGCUGCUCCAGAACUCCACCUCCGCCCCUCCGGAGCAGCCCCUGGUCCCCGAGGAGCCCUCCCUGCCCGGCCGCGCCUCCAUGGGAGCCCUCCCUACUCCUCCUGCUCCUGCUGCUCCUCCUGCCGCCCCCCUGGCCCUGGCCCUCACCCAGCCCCAGUGCCCCGGGUCGCUAUUACUGGGUCAGCCCACGCCGCCCGCCUCCACCACCCCCAGCCUGAGCCUCAGCUGCGACGGAGAGAUCAUCCCCCCCCCCCCCCCCUCUCUUCCGCCCGAACCCCCCCAGCAGCACCACCUCCACCCGCACGCUGCACACCAACACCAACAGCUCCAGCACCAGAUGCCUUCACAUGCAUAUGCACAUCCGCACACGCUGCCGCACCCGCACACGAUGCCGCACCCUCACCCACACCUCCACAACCACUUCCUGACACCGGAGGAGGUGCCCUCGCCGCCGGGCAUGCUGCCGUGCGGCAGCCCCCUGGCACACAGCCACACGCUGCCCUUCUACCACCCGGCCAGCCAGGACUCGCUGCACGAGGACUCGGUACGGGGCCUGGUCAAGCUCAGCUCCGUCUGACCAACACCUGUACAGACAACCACCACACCGAACUACACCACACCUCUGUCUUCAAGUCUACAGAGGACUCCUGCAGUGGAAUACUAACUGUCUGUCUGUGUUGAUGGAUGGUUGAACUGUGUGCCCCUUUCUCAGAACUGCCCUUCCGCAGCCAGCCACCCUCCACAGGAAUGGCAGGCAGGACACAUGCAGGGGUCGUGCAGGCAGAGGCAGGAGAAGCUAAAAGGGCCAAAAACUGCUUUGCCUCAACAUUCAAAGGCUUAAGUGGCUCUUCAUGACUCAGAAUAUAUGCUUUUUCACACUUGCGCGCACGUGCCGCGCACACACACACUCACACGCACAAAAACACACACACACACACACAUAGGGCUGAGUACCGAUCAGAAUUUUUCGGUUUCGGUUCCGGUUCUAGAACCUACGUUUCAAUGCCGGUUCCUGACGGUGCCAUUUUCGGUUCCUAAUUUAUAAACACUGGGGAUGACGAAAUGUUUAAAAAUCUCAACCGACCACCGAGCCUCCCUCAUUAUCCAGUUGAAGUCUCAGGGAAUUUAUUUUAAAUUGAGAACUACAAUCUAAAUCCAACCCUAUCCAUUUCGUGGGUGUGCAUCUUUGCAUCUGAGCAUCAGUACAGUCGAUGCUCAUGGCAAACGCACAGACAAUCGUGCGAAUUUACCUGAUUACAAACUGAACCAGCAUGAAGUUUUGCAUCAGCCCCAGACAACUUGAGCGGCAAAACAACAAGGAGAAACUCAUAUUUAAUGUUUUACGCUGCACGCGCUCCUUUUAAAACAUGCCCUGUGUGGGGGGAUUUUGGCCGCGCGCGCGGACUCUUAAAUGGAAAAGCAUGGUGUACUGUCUGACCUGUCAUUACCGUCCCGUUGACUGAGUGAGUGUCAGGAUUUGGCCUGUUGAAACUUUUCCAAUUUUUGGCUUAAAAUCAGGGAAUUUUUGCCGUUUUUUGUAGCUGACAGGUAUGCUGUUCUUGCAAACAGUUUUAAAACAAGUAAGGUCGCCAAAUUCCGCCCACUUCACUGAUCACUUCACUGUGACCGUGAUAAUGUCACUAUUUCAAAUACUAUUUGAUUAUGCUAUCGUAUAUUUUUGGAUAGCGGCAACUGUGUAGAUGAGGUAAGGAGCAAUAUUAGCUAACAUUGGUAGCCCUUUCUAUCGUAAUUUGGAGAUAACGUCCAGCAUGUCCAAAAUCUAGUUUCAGCACAAUUCGCCGGCGAAAGGCUCCCAAUUCCGCCCGCUUGAUUUCAGGUCACGUCGGUAUUUCCGUUAUUGUUUAUUAUUCCUUCAUGCUGCUUUGCUUAUUUCGUUCACACUUGUAGUCCUGGCUUUACCUUUGAUUAGUUUGGUCGUUACUGUGGAAACGGUUGAAUAAUUUUGGUCCUAAAGCGAAACGGGGAAGCGGCCAGGGCGAGUUUUUAGCCAGAAUGUCGUCGUGAAAUUAAAGUUCCACCUCUUUCAUGCUGCCGUUACGACACACUUCAUUACAAUGCUGUUUAUGGCCGUUGACUCGGUUUUAAAUGUCAUCACUGUUUCAAAUUGUAAGCAUACAAACUCUAUAUCAUGUCGAUAUCCAUUCGUGACUUAAACAGUGGAUACAUAGGCCUAAUUAAUUAGGCGGGCGGAAUUGGGGGACGGGCGGAGGCGACUUGGCUAUUACUGUAGCUUGCUACGCACGCAGUGAAACACUGGGCGUGCUCUGUUUCGAGUUCUUUGAAUGGUCCAUAAUUAUAGGUUACCAAACGAAAAAAAAUAUCCACAUAGAAGAAAUCAAGUCUUCAGUUUCAAUAAUCCACGUUACUGCUUUCCGUGGCGCAAAUGUAGGCUCUGCCUACCAUAACACACAAAGAAAGUCUCUCGCGGCCAAAAGUGACUGAGCUCACCUGAUGCUUCUGAUAUGAGUUUCCGUUUUAUUGACAUGAAAUUUAAACUUUGCAAUGAUUCACAGUGUAAUCCAAAAAGUCAGAGAAUGUGCGCACCCACCACUAAAGGGAAAAGGUCCCCAACACUGUUUGAUGAUUCAUGGUGGAGCAAACAGUGUUGCCGACUUUUACUUUCUCAUACGCCGAUGUAACCAUCUGAAUAAUGAUGGAUGCACACGCUCGCAGUGGCUGUGUCGAAGACAAAGUUUGAAUUCUUUGCCAUCUACAAAACGCUAGAAAUAGGCUACUCUUCUCGGUAAGCCUACACAAAUUAAAGAUGGGCUGAUGGUAGUUUCUCUCGUAACGUUAGUAUCCACAGAUGAUUUGACCACCUGUUUAAAAGGGGGUGUAGCCUGCCAGCAGUCUCUGCAAGCCCGAAUGUGAUCAAAAUUAAUGUUGCCAGAUUUUUUGCCAGAAGCGACUGCCGUUCUGACUGCGUUAACGUUCUGGGGUUAUAAAUGCGAAAUGAUAACUGACGCGAUGGACAUCUAGGAACCGAAACGUGGAACCGACAGCCAAGGCACGUUUCGAUGCCAAGUAGAACCUUAGCCUUUCAUUCAAUUCCAUUAAGGAACCGAAUUUCGGUACCCAGUCCUACACACACACACACACACAAACACACACACACAUACACAGUCAGACUCUGAGAUGAGCGUCAUCCAGCCUGCGUUUUUGCCAAUGCACAGCACACAAACACCAACACAGAUACUUAAAGUACACAUGCUCCCACACACACACACACACACACACACACACACACACACACACACACACAAACGGCUCUCUGCUGGUGUCUUAUUCUAAAGGUGUCUUAAAGAUGUCCACUGAUUUCUCAUAAUGGCAAGCUAAAUCCACUGCCCCACCCCACCCCAUACUCCACCCCAUACCUACCCGCCCUGAACAUCUUGAAAGCCCCCAGGCUAGUGCCCCCUAGAGGCAGAGCAGAGGCUGCAGGAUGGGGCAUAGACAUACUCUUUAUACAGAGCGUCCCAUAACAAUGUAUACACUUUACAUUAUUGUAGGUGUGUUUUUAAUUCGUGGAAUUUUCAAAGUGUGGUAAAAUUUACUAAGUGAUACCAAUUUUUUUCACAACCUUCUCUCAAAUUGAUCUGAGACAUCAGAGGCAUCUGUAACAGGGAAUGCAGCCAUUUAAAGUGAAGACACAAAAAUACCAAGGGAGUUGUGUGAUUAGGUGUAAUGAAUGCCAGUUUGAGAACAGGAGAACAGAACACUUUGAAAAAUACAUGAAUUCAAAGGACAAGUGCACUAUUUUGAACAUUAAGCCCCUUUUCUGAGUUGUCUGCAAUGUUUAAGAACACCCCUCACCGUUAAUUUCAUGUUUGCUGCUGUCCAUUAUUUGGCGAUUUUGUUUUUUUGUCUCAACCGGCUUUAGAAUGGCUGUCUAUGGUAGGGUGACCAGACGUCCCGGUUUGACCGGGACAGUCCCGGUUUGGAGUUGUGUGUCCCAGGUCCCGAGCAAACCCUCUCGGGACACAGAUAUGUCCCGGUUUUGGCCACCCACUACAUUGCGCCAUGUCUAUCGGGGUAAAUAUAUGGAAAAUAUUACAUGUUUACUGGCCACAAUUAAUGGCAGCCAGCGCUUGUAUAGAAAGUCUGAAGGAGUCAGUUGCGAUUUGUCAUUCCUCCCUCUAAAAUUGAUUAGAAUGCAGGAAAUGGCAUCUAAAAAGAACAAAUUUUCCUGGGGGAGGACCCCCAGACCCGCACGCCAAAUAUUGUCCUUCAGUCACACACGAAGUGUCCCGGGUUCAGACUACAAAAAUUUGGUCACCCUAGUCUAUGGACAUGUCGAAAUAUGUUCCUAAAUCCAUCCUAACCAUUUGUUUUCAAAACUUACCAAGUGUUGAGGGGUGUUCACUGGUAUUCCAUAACAAUUUUCGUAGCGAAACAUGGCUUCUGUCAUGUUUUAUGUAGCAUUUUGUAAAUACAUUUUUUUCUUUAAUUCACAAAAUACCAAAUAAAAAUGACAUAAGCCAUUUUUCACCUUCAGACUUGUUAGGGAAUGCCAAUGAACACCCCUAACCACUUAGUAAGAUGCAUACUUUCGUAAACAAAUGUUUAAAGUGUUUUUUAAGAACAUAUUUGGACAUGCCCAUAGAGGGCCAUUGUAAAGCCAAAUGAGACAAAAUCUAAAUCAGCCAAAAUAACGGAGACAGCAGCAAACAUUUUUUUAAAAAUGGUGAAUGGGGUUCUAAAACCUUGCAGACAACUCAGAAAAGGGGCUUAAUGUUCAAAAUAAUGCACUUGUCUUUUAACAGACAAAUGUACAUGUAUUUCAUAAUGAUGAAGUGUGUGUACAUUUUCGGGACAGCCUGUAUACAUGUCUCUAUACUGUAUGUGUAUGGGAUGGAUGUUCUCGGCUGCAACUAACAAGCAGAGCCGUGGUGCCAUGACAGGAGGUCUUCAUGACGUAGUCAGUGGUCCGUCCUGAGAUUGUUUGCAUAGAGAGACCCCUGAUUAUGGAGGAGAUUAAAACAAAAAGCUGCUUUGUUAUUGUUCUCAUGGUUGUUAGUUUGAUUUCUCUUGAUGGUGCGGCAGUGAGAGUGAGUGUCCUGGUGCCUGCUUCUUCCCUUUUUUUAUUUUUGUAAAUCAGGAACAGGUAGGCCGGCUGGCAUCUCACCAAAGACUCUCUUCUGCGCACUCACGUUUUGCCUUUCUUUUCUUGCUCAGAAAUGUUCUCGUCCACAGUGCAGUCAGUGACCGACACGCACAAGUUGGAAGUUGCUGUCAUCAUGUCCACAAGCAAACAUAUCACUUGAUGACGACUUAACUAUAUUUUUGUUGUUUAUUUUUUUAUUUCAAAUAUUCACAAGAAAGACAGUAUUGUGUCGUGCCAUUUUGAGAAUCAUUAUUUUUGUUCUGUUUCUCUCUCAUGUUAUAUUUCUGUGGAUAUGAUGAAUAAAAGCCCUGAGUUUUUAA